UAAUGUUCUUUCUUUUAUUGUAUAUACUUGUUCUGUGGCAGUAGUUCGAAGAGUAUCAGCUGAAAUUGUGGGAGAGGACCAGCAACAGACCACAAAGAUCUGAAAUUUAAAUGAAACUACUCAUGCAACAGUUCAUCAGCGAUGAACAAAGCAAAGUGUGUCUUUGCCCCUCCCCUCUAGUCGUAGCAGAUCAGCUCAGCACUCUAGUGAUCUGAACAUAGUUCAAAUUCUGUAAUAUUGUUGUACUUUCUUGUAUAAUGACAAUAAAAUAUUUUAACAUUUGUUACACAAACACACCCUAGUCAACAAAGAUUAAUAUUAGCUCUCACACAAGCCCAGCAACGACAAACAAUGUUAAGGGGAGGGGACUAGAAAUGGGCUUUAAAAACGGUGAAACAAAAAGGAAACUAUUUACUAGACAAGACAGUAACAGUGACACAUCACAGCUCUACUGCCUGGAAACAUUAAACAUGGCAUAUACUCAACUUUACUCUGACCUGAGGGUGGUACUGGUGGGUCAGGAGAGAGUUGGGAAGAGUUCAGCAGGAAACACCAUCCUGGGCAAGAAGAAGUUUAACUGUAGGAUCAGUUUGAGCCCUCUGACUUUGAGCAGUAAGAAGAGAGAAGCUGAUGUUCUGGGUCAAAGAGUCUCUGUGGUAGAUACCCCUGGACUUGUCAGCACUCGGCUGUCUGCACAGGAAGUGAAAGCAGAGCUGGAAAAAGCUCUCCAGCUGAGUUCUCCAGGUCCUCAUGUUUUCAUCCUCGUCCUCCAGCUCGGACGAUUCACCCCACAGGAGCAGGAAGGACUGAAAGCUCUGCAGAAGAUGCUGGGCACUGAUGUCUCCAAACACACCAUGCUGCUGUUCACCUACGGAGACCGACUGGAAAACACCGACAUUGACAUGGAAAUGUUCGCCAAAGAGGACGAGAACAUCCAGCAGUUGCUGAAGAGCUGCAGCGGUGUGUACCAUGUGUUCAACAAUAACAUGGAAAACAGGGAUCAGGUCCAAAAGCUGCUGGAGAAGAUAAAUGACAUCUGUGAGGGAGGACAGUUGUACUAUGAGAGGUCUCAGUCAGAGGGGUCAGUCUGGAGUUUAAUACCCAGAGAUUUUAGGAUUAAACAGAUGCUGUGGUUGGUCUGCAUUUCAUUAGCCGUCAGAGGGAUUUAUUACAUCUGGAAGUGGUUAUUCAGUGCUCAGAAUAAGUAAUUAACCUCCUAGGACCUGGCGUCCACAUAUGUGGACAUCACAUUUUGGGUUAUUUAGACCAAAAUACUCAAUUUUGCUCUACAAGGGCCUGAUAUUCAUUCACAAGGACAUUAUACUGCUACUGUUCUAUCGAAAUUUUAAACGAAUAUCCACAUAUGUAGCUCCCAUUUCUCUUAGAAAGAAAAAUCAGGUAGAAAAAUAUCUGGUAAUUGUUUUUUUUUUUACAAUCAUCAGGUCCCAAUCAGCCCAAAUAUCAAAGAGAAAUUAAAAGUUUGGGUCUUAGAAGGUUAAAGCAGGUCUCCAUAGAUUUAAUCUGAUUAAAUCUGGUGAGACACAGUUUAUGAAUUGGCUUUGUAUAGAUGUUUCUCACUAUUAACAUGUUUGAGAUUUAAUUGAGUAGAAAUGACUGCAGGAAAUGACUAAAAUGCAGCAGGUUUGCAAUGAUUUCUUUAGACUGUUCUUUUACUGAUUGUAAAACUAAAAUAUUAUAAAACAGAAGUGUUUUGGCCACAACUUUGAAUUCAUUUUGGGGCUUUCUGAUAUAUACAUGUCAACCACGCAGCAGAGCAAUAGGUACACUGAGUUUUACAACACAAGCUGUGUGUUUGUGUGUCCUCCUGUCUUACGCUGAAAAUCAGUCUGAAAGGAGCUGCCACCCACCUCUCUGCAUUUGAAACAGUGCACAACUGCCUCCACUGAGGCAGCUUUGUAUUAUAUUGGGUUAAGACAUUAAUGAGUAGUUUUACCGCCUCUUACUAGCAAUCACUUUAGGUUAACCCAUCCAUUUUCCAGCGGGAUUGUAUGUCUCUCUCUUAUUUGUUAUUUGUCUAUUUGUUAUUUUUGCCUACUUUGACCAUGAGCCACUGCUAAUAACUAAAGUCUAAUGUUUGAUUGUUACACUGCAGUGCAACUAACCCAACAACUGUACCAACCGGAUUAGAAAAAAAAAAGAAAAAAGAAAACUGCUUCGAUAUCAGUAAUCAAACAGUAGUCUCAGCCUUAGCUGCUGUGCAUCAACAUUAAAGGUGCAAUAUGAAUUGACUUCAGAUGCUGCAUGGGGAGCAAGGGGGGAGCAGGUGUUUUGCACUUCAGGGCCACAAUUGUCAAACCUUUUGAGAGUGUACUUUCUGCUGCAAUAAAAAGUUUAAGAACUUGUGGUUAAUGUUAAGUAGAAAAAGAUAUAUUUUGUAGUUUGUCUCUGUGUUGAGGUGGAUCAGUGAUCUUGUCUUUCCAUGUGGAAAGACAUGAAUCACAUUGUACAUUGGCAAUUGGAUGGGCUCGGUUGAACCCCCAGCUGAAAAGGCAUGAUGCAGUAGCGGUUCUUCAGACUCUCCAGCAGAGAUAGACAGCGACACAGGAGCCGCGAAGUGCUGGAUGGCUCACCUGAGCCUCCAGUUUCCCUCAGAGUGACUGACCUGGGUCAAAGAUGACAAACAGGAUUUAAACUGAGGCGAGAUGGACACUGAGGCUGAUAUCAAGUCACUGGCACACAGCUUUACAAACCUCAGUUUUAGCUCUUGGUAAAGGUUCCAUUUAAAUCCUUAAAAUAAAGUGCACUCAGUGGAGCCCAUAAAUCACCUGAAUAUGUUCCCUGAAAGGCUUACCAUAGCUUCACAUCUACAGUCUAACUGCACCUAAACUAUAACACCCUGAUGAUUUUAAUACAAGUAAAUAAAUGAACAUAUUAAUAUAAAGAGAAAACACAGAUGCUGUUGAAUGGUUGCAUUCCUUAUGUGUGUGCAGGCAGUGUUUGGCUGAAAAAGAUCUUCUGUUUGUCUGCUGUGACAGAGAAAGACCUGCCUUUAUGUAUGAUCAGUGGGAUUGCGAAAUCAACACGGGGGUGUGGCUUUCUGAGGAAAUUUGAACGAGCAUAAUGAACACCAGCUGUUUGUACACACGCGUGUGCACACAGGUCCUCACAGACUCACGCUGUCUUGGUCGGCUGCUGCCUCUAAACAUGUUGUGUGUUGUCUUGUGUGCUUCUCAGUAACAUUCAGUAUUUAUUAUUUAUAAAAGGUCAGAAGUGCAACGGGUGAGAUGAGACAGAGAGCAUUUAAGGUUGACACACACACACACACACACACACAUACACACACACACAGUAGUUAGACUCAGGUUUAGAUAAGAGUUCAAGUAAAGUAGUUUGCAAAAGCUUGCAACUGCAAAAUUGAGCCUGCAUAAGUGACAGUGUGCCUUAAGAUGUGCUGCUGAUGUUCCAGAAGAUAAGCGAGCCUACGGCAGCGACAGGAAACACCUGGCUUCGAGACGAAGAAAAUGUUCUUUUUAACUGUGUCACAAGUUGUCAACAGAACAUUUGUGGUUUUGAAACUUAUGCAUGUAUUGUAUCUGCUUUGACAUAAAGAGGGGGCAUCAGAAAACAUACCCUGAUGCUUUAAAACAGCUGCUUGUGUAUUAUUGGGCGGAGAUCUACAGCUGAUGUUGCAUCUCCCCACGCGUGUGUUUCAUUAAAAUCGCUGUUUUACCAACU